AUGUCAGCGAUGGCAGAUGUGCCAAAGAUGAUUCGGGAGCACUCAUCAUCAUUGCAGGAACUGGAGCUGGAUGCGUCUGAAUUUGAGCCUUCGACAUUGAUGUGGGAGGCUAUCGGUCGCUGCUCACGUCUGCAAACCCUCAAACUGCUCAAAAUGAAAGUAUCACCGGAAAAUCUACAGCCGUUCCUUCUCGCCUGCACGAGGGUCUCUGUUCUUUACCUACUCGAGAUCACCUUGCCUGAUGCAACCUUUCCCUACACCUCUGGGCCAGAGCUGAAGAUAGUCCAGGAUCUACGCCUGCAUAAGAUCCAUAACGCCGAACCGGAAAGGCAACUCCUCUUCAUGAAGUUGUGCCCCAACAUAACAUCCUUCUACUGGCGCAGAUCAGGGUUUAAAAUCACGUUCCCCAUCCAACAAGUGACCUGCAGCCUUGCAGCUGGAGCCUGGCCGAAUCUGCAUUCUCUGGAUCUUUUUGGGGACAUUAUGAAGGACGAGGAUCUGGCUGGACUUGUCAAGUUCAUGCCUCGACUGGAGAGCUGGCGGACUACCAAGACCGGCUUUGGUCCUGUUGCACUGGCGGCAAUGGGACGCCAUUUUUUGACGAUUCGGGAGAUUGACCUUCGUGCGUGCGAGUCCCUGACGAGUCCAAUGAUCCAGCACCUCCUCUACUCCAUACCGACGCUCGAGUACUUUUCAGCUGACCGCCUCUGUGCCGACGAUAUCCUUCAGGACCCAGUCUGGCUAUGCUCACCUCGACUCAAGACCCUCAUGCUAUUUAUUGACAUGGGUGUGUCCAAGGACGUCACGUCUGACGAGUUCAAGGCCCAGCAGAUGGCCGUGUUUGAUCGUCUGUCCAUGUUACGAAGUCUGACGGUACUUCAGGUCUCCCGCAUCGUGGCAGGACCACUCCAACCCCCCGAUAUGCGAGCGCUUCGUCUUCAAUUGUCUGCUGGCAUGACUCAACUGGACAAGCUGCGUCAAUUGGAGGAGCUCUGGUUUAUCCCUGGGCAGGUCAUGGAAGAGGAGGAUGUCAAGUGGAUCAUAAAAUCGUUCCCGCGUCUCAAGGCAAUGUCGUUCUACAUGCAUUGCAACUAUGACAAGAACGAACAGCUGCACAAGACGAUGAAGGCCUGGGGCAAGAGUGAGGUUGUCCGACCGAAACUUCAGUCUUCCUCGUCUGAUCGCGCGACGGCUUGA